AUGGGCUUCGGAGACCUCAAGACCACCGCCGGCCUCCAGGUCCUCAACGAUCACCUGGCAGACAAGAGCUACAUCGAGGGGUAUGUGCCGUUGCAAGCAGACGUGGCGGUGUUUGAGGCCAUCUCCAGCCCCCCACCUUCCGACCUGUGUCACACCCUGCGUUGGUACAAUCACAUCAGGUCUUACGAGAAGGAAAAGGCCAGCCUUCCAGGAGUGAAGAAAGCAUUGGGCAAAUAUGGCCCUGCUGAUGUGGAAGACACCACCGGAAGCGGGGCUGCAGACAGUAAAGAUGACGAUGAUAUUGAUCUCUUUGGAUCUGAUGAUGAUAAGGAAAGUAAGGAAGCAAAGAAGCUAAGAGAAGAGUGCCUUGCCCAGUAUGAGUCAAAGAAAGCCAAAAAACCUGCACUAGUUGCCAAGUAA